CCUGGAAUUUUGACGCAAUUUGCAAAUGGCCGUGAGGAGGACCGUGCCCGGGAUAAGGUGUAUGAAAAGCUAAUGGUGGUAGAGUCCGUGUUAAAAACUUGUGAUUAAUUCUUGAUUCAGUGUGGUGUUGUUGUACAGAUACAAAAUGUGCCAAAAAGUGAGAAUCCAGUCUUAAUGGUGAUAUAGGAAGCGCCCUGAAACCGCUGGAGGGACGAUCGAAGUUAUAUUGCUGACAGAAGGGUCGGUGCAGAGCGCGGUUUAGGCGUCGGGAGCUGGUCCAGAAAGCAGAACCAACGGAUACACAGCCAUGAAUGAACUUGACAGCUUACGUCAAGAGGCGGAGACCCUCAAAAAUGCCAUUAGGGACGCGCGCAAGGCGGCGUGCGACACGUCGCUGGCGCAGGCGACCGCCAACCUCGAGCCCAUCGGACGCAUCCAGAUGCGCACGCGGCGCACGCUGCGCGGCCACCUCGCCAAGAUCUACGCCAUGCACUGGGGCAGCGACUCCAGGAACCUGGUGUCCGCCUCGCAAGACGGCAAGCUGAUAGUAUGGGACAGCCACACCACCAACAAGGUGCAUGCGAUCCCGCUGCGCUCGUCCUGGGUGAUGACCUGCGCGUACGCACCCUCCGGCUCGUACGUGGCCUGCGGCGGGCUCGACAAUAUCUGCUCCAUCUACAGCCUGAAGACCCGCGAAGGCAACGUGCGCGUGUCGCGCGAGCUGCCCGGGCACUCCGGCUACCUGUCCUGCUGCCGGUUCCUCGACGACAACCAGAUCCUCACCAGCUCGGGCGAUAUGACCUGCGCCCUGUGGGACAUCGAGACUGGCCAGCAGUGCGGACAGUUCACCGGGCACACCGGCGACGUGAUGUCGCUGUCGCUCGCGCCCGACCAGCGCACGUUCGUGUCCGGCGCCUGCGACGCCUCCGCCAAGCUGUGGGACAUCCGCGACUGCCAGUGCAAGCAGACCUUCCCGGGACACGAGAGCGACAUCAACGCCGUCACGUUCUUCCCGUCCGGGUUUGCGUUCGCGACGGGCUCCGACGACGCGACGUGCCGCAUGUUCGACAUCCGCGCCGACCAGGAGCUGGCGAUGUACUCGCACGACAACAUCAUCUGCGGCAUCACGUCCGUGGCCUUCUCUAAGUCGGGCCGCCUGCUGCUCGCCGGCUACGAUGACUUCAACUGCAACGUUUGGGACUCCAUGAAGAGCGAGCGUGCCGGCAUCCUGGCCGGCCACGACAACCGCGUGUCCUGCCUCGGCGUGACCGAGAACGGGAUGGCGGUCGCCACCGGCUCCUGGGACUCGUUCCUGCGCAUCUGGAACUAAGCCCUCCUGCGCACCAGCACGCCACCGUUUCUAAUUUUAUAUAGAGAGCCCCCUAGCCAUAGUGACGGUCGACCCUAGCCGACAACGGUCUAUAUCAGCAUAUUUGUCCUCAUUUCUUUGGACAUAUCGAAGACUAAAAUAUAUAAAUAAAGUUAAGAAAUUUGCAACUUUAGGUAUCUUUGCCCAAAAGUUGCAAAUCCUUAGUUUCCUUUAAAUGGAGUCACAGGUGUAGUGAUCAAUCUUAUGACAUCGUAUUGUCUCGGAAACGUUCGUAUUUUGUCAUGCUACUUCAGUCAUCAUCAGUACUUUUUGUACUGAGACUGACUGAAAUUGCAUAACACGUUCGUGCGUUUCCGUGAAAAUACGAUGGUAAAGAAUUAUUCACUAUAUCUGUGCGAGGUUUGCUAUUUUAACAAACGAUUUACUACUUUAGCUAACGCGACCUAAAGUUGCAAAACUCAAUUUUAUUCGGAGAAGACAGGUUUGCGACUUUUAACCGACUAUAUCCAUGAUUGCUUGUAACAAGUCUAAGAAAAUACGUGCUAGUUUGACAGUCGAAAAAGACAGGAUGGUGCUGUAUAGUCUACAUCAAAUAGUGACAGCCGAACCUAUUCGUAACAUACCUUUAUUACCACAUACCCUGCCAAAUUAGCGGUUCGACUGUGUGUUGGACUUUAAUUAUGAAAUCAAUGGAUUUAUUGGCUUUAUGACGAAAUGUCUCGAUAUUUUGAUGUUUUGGUUGCCCGUCAGAGGUUCUUGACUACUGCAAAACACAGAAAUAUAGAAAUGCAGACACACAAAAAUAUGUCCAAAGAAAUUAGGUUGAAAUGUCCGUGAUAUUGACCCAUACGGAACACGCCAAUCGAAACUUAAUGCUUGAAAAUCUCGUGACCUUUCGUGACAUCCGGAUGCAUUUAUAUAUUUCGAUUGGCGUUUAUCGGUGAUCGAUCGUCAUGGCUACGGUCCCAGAUGUACAUUACUUUUUGUUUUUCUCGCUUAAAAUGCAUGCAGUUGAGAAAAAUGUAUUUCAGUCGGGUCACAUUUCAUACUAUUUGACAGAUAUUUAUUUAUAAAAGAACUAAAUUUAUCUGUCAAUGCCAAAAUCAAGCACAAAAUAAAUACCUGACUUUAAUCCUUUGAACACCACGCCUAUCGUGUAUAGAUGUAGUGAAUAAUCCUUUACCAUCGUGUUUUCACGGAAACGCACGAACGUGCGUUAUGCUAUUUCAGUCAGUCUCAGUACAGAAAGUACUGAGGUUGACUGAAGUAACAAAUACGAACGUCUCCGAGAAAAUACGAUGGCCAGGGAUUGUUCACAACAUCUGUACGGUGCGUAGUGAAGGUUGAUAUUUGGUAGCGUCAAGAGACGUGUUACUUCUUGUUUAGAAACAAUUGAAAGUUCAAGCAAAUUUUCUGUAAGAAAAACAAAAAAUGUACAUUUCAUGGAAAACUUUAAUAGCGUUGCGCAAAGGUUAAAAUACCAACGCACUUGAUAAGCGCACCGUGUUUUCUUUGCUUUAUUUAUUUUAAAAAGUAGACGAUAAUUUCUAACAAGGAAAGCAUUUAAACUACGAUAGAAAGUGUAGUUUAUGGAGUGGCUGUGUGUGUGUCUCUAUGGUUCACUGUUCACGAUAUACAUUUAUAUAUAUGUAAUGUAAUUAUAUGAUUAUAUAGCGUAGCAUUGCGAAGCCUUGGGACGGCACCGCUGCUGAGAAUAUGUUUCUGUAUGACGGUAAGUAUUCGUUUGAAAUUAUAAUUAUUGGGUGUUUUCUUUUAAAAUGUACCUUAUUCGAAUCAUUUGACGAAAUAGUUGAGUUUUUCAUUUCUCUCCUUGUCAAAAUCUAUACAAUUUUUAGUAAAAAAGUCCAACAGUUUUCUAAACUGGAAGAAGGGUAAUAUUUUGGAAGAAAACGCCUAUUUUCAGAGCUAUCAGGGUUUGAUAUGUAACACUUAGUGAGACCAUCAAAGAGUCUAAACAUUUUCAUGUAUUCGUAACUUUUUACUACGAGGAUAUUACGCAAAACUGUGCGUAGGGGGCGCCUCUACCACAAACAAAGGCCUACCGCGAAACAAGAAAAUCGAUUUUUCGUUAUCACUUGCAUAUUCGAGCGAUAAAGAGGCCAGAUGACGAUCGAUUUUCGCGCUUCGCGGUAGGCCUCUGUAAACAAACCACCUUGAUGCAUCAAUGUCAUAGUGAAAACUUCCCAAAAAAUGUACAAGGCAUAGUUUGUUUAACCUUUUGAACGCCAAACGGCGCAUCCAUUUGCCGUGCCACUGACGCCACGGGGGUAAAAUUUAGUGUUUUUUCAGUAGAUUUUCAUCAAAAAACGAUCAACGUCAAAUGCCAUCGUUGUCACGAUUUUGCGUUGACGUCAAUUGCCGUCUGUGGCGUUCAAAAGGUUGAGUUACUCUAUGGUUUAUGUGAUGUGAUAGUGCUGCACUCUGGCGGCAGAACAUUGCAGUAAUACUCCCUAUUCAAUAAUAAGCCCACAGCCCCACAAUAGAAUGUUGAAGCUCAAUAUCCGGACUGUUUUGUCCCCGGUCUCACAUACCAUCGGCCACACUUAACUGUAAACCUUAUUACAUAAGGCAUAAGGUCCAACGAUGGACAGUUAAGUGUGUUGCUGUUUGUACUAGUUGUCUCGCCCUGAUUCGUCUGUAUCUUUACAACGUGUCAUAAAGCUUGAAGCUGGGAAAUGUAUGUAAAAAUUGUCGUAUUAACAUUUGUAUUUAAAAUUUUAUUAGUUUAUGUUGGCCCUUGGCAUUAUUUGUCUCUAAUAUAAAGAGGCAAAUAUCUGGUAAAAUUACUUAUCUACACACAGUAUAGGCUGUCAAUGAUGUGUUCAGCAACCGCAUGUUACGGCAAUACGGUGUUGCAAUAGAUAUUGUUUUCGAAUAAAACGACAUCUCGACUAAUACUGAGAUGAAAUCAAAUUCCUUUGUUUUUAAGAGAUGUUCGAAAAGUGAAUGCGAUUAUUAAAUCGAUAUCGAGUGCAGGCCGUAAUUUGCGGUUUUUGAACGCAUGACAGAGGGUUAUACGUGUGGGGGGAGGGCAUAUGUGUGUAGAUAAAUACUAAAAGGGAUGAUAGUUUAUAUGUUUGUGUGUUAGAAUGAAUAUCUGUCAGUCGUUUCGCAUUUCUUCAAUCAAUAGACGUAUUAAUACUAAUAUUAAUUUGAUUAAUAUCUAUUCUUUACAAAUAAUCGCACAACAUCAAUCGUACAAGUUCUAAAAACUAUUUAAAGAACCAAAUAUUAUGAUUAAUGGGUGGUCGAGUUGAUUGUCUUCCGUCUCUUUCAUGAGACAUUGCCGUCUCGCUCGGACGAUUAUCAACUAACCACAUAAUAUAUCUAUGUGUAAUUUAUUGAAUGAGGAUUAUUUCACUGUGGAUGCUAAGUUAUAAUUUUAAUAUGUAAUUGUAUGGAUAAGUCACCCGUUUUAAUGUAUAGAUGAUGGAGAUUCCUUUUAUAGAUCUCUCAUGGAUCAAAAAUUUAUUGAUAAUUUCAUUUUUCAUCGAUUUUGAAAUGACACAGGAUUCAUUUAGAUGUUUCAGUACUUUUUUCUACUGAAUUUUGAAGGUAGAUCCAUGAAUGCCGUGUCGUUUCAAAAUAAUAAGAUAUUAUUUUAUAUUUCCAAAAACUUGUAAAACGUUGUAAUUUACACAUUGACAUACUGCAAUAUAUUAAUUUAUCAAUGUCA